UUGGUUCCAAACCUCCGGUAAUGAUGGAUGAUAAAAAUCAGAAUCUAGAGCGAGCCAGCUACGAAGUUAGGAGUACUGGACACAUGCAAAGAGAAACUAUAGACAGCCAAACAGUGGGACCUGACCUAUGUGGGAGAUGUUCUGAGAAGGGUAAAGCCAUGGUACCAGGAGAGUAAGAGGAGGCAAAAUCCCAAGGGCAGGGCUUCCACAACUCAGAAAGCAACUAUGAAGUCCCAAAGACCCGGAGUCCAAGUUAUACAUCCAGCUGUAACUGCUUAUUUGAUGGUGGAGGAAAUAAAAAAGUUUCCAUUUGCCCCAGCUAGAACUAAGGUGCCUUACAACUUCCAAGAUGGCUUGGCAGGAUUGGAACACCAGACUAGCUGGGAUGGCCUAACUCAUGCUUACUACCGGAUGACUAAACAUCAGAUUAGUCAUCAAAGCAUUGUUGGGAAGAGAAAAAAUCUUAACCCUAGCUUUAAUACUUCAGCAGUAGCCACCCAUCCACCUCUCAAGGGCCAUAGUGAGUGGUCAUAUUCAAAGAACAUGGUGGCUGAGGACCAUAGCCGUUCCUUUCCAUCAGCUCUACAUGCAACUAGCAUAGGUAAGUAUUCUCAGCCACAGACGUUAACAGAGUUCCACAAGGCAGAAGUGAGGCCAACUCGGAAGCUGUGCAAAAAUAUGAAAGAAACUCAGGUAGCCCUGGAGCAGCUGGAGGACACUAGGCAGCUCCAGGAGCCAAAGGAACUAGUUCAGGCUGAAAAAUCCUUCCUAGGAUGCCUAAUCAAAAGAUAUAACCAGCAUAAGAAGCCAAGGGAAAGCUGUGUGGCCUCAGGAUACAUGAAGGAAACCGAUUCCGAGCAUUCACUGCAGACGCUGAUUGGGCAAAUGGCCUUAAAUGAAGAGGAAGUUCUGCCGAGGUUGCCCAAGGACAAGACAAAGCCGAAAUCAGCCCCGGGGAAGACCCAGGCCUGGGAGUUGUCAGUAGCAGAGGAGAGUGAGUCUAAGUUCAACCCGGCCAUCAACAGAGAGAACCAGAAGUUAUGGAAGAAAUUAGAACAACUUGCUCAAGAUUAUUACAAAGUGGAAGAGAUGAGGAAGCAGAUGCUGAAGCAAAAGCAAGAGCUGCAGGACCAAAGCUGGGACUCAGUGAUCCGUGGGACAUCAAUAAGGCUGGCAUGGCGAGAGCAUAAGCAACGAUGCCCCAAAGAACCGGAAAUGCUCAAGUGCUCAGUGAGCAGUCCCCUGUACCCUCUGGUGAGAAUAAAUCUGAAUCAAUCACCACAAUACUAGAUGCAGUAAGAAAAACAGAGGAAAUCCAUUUAGACCCAAGUGAGUAAGCCACUGUACAACUGCCUUCUGGGAACUGUGCAGCAACCAACGCUGGGCUGGAAAACCUUGACUCUAAAAAUGGGAGCCCAUCUCAUUGAAGACAGACCUGAAAGGGACUCGGCUUUGUUGCUGCUAUCUCAAGGGCACCGCGACAGGGAACUCAAGGUCUCGGGACACCUGAGAGUGUUUAAGUGGACUGCUAAGGUCCCAUUCUUGUCUGGUUCAGAAGGAAUCGGAUACCCAGUGAACUCUGGAACAGUCUCAUAUAUAACCAGCCUCACUAUUGUGCCACUGUCCCUAAACUGUGCUGUCUUGAGUCACCAGGAAGAAGCCAGGGCUGUGGUAGGCUGCCCUAGGCUGGAGGGGCAGUCAGAAGCAGGAGACCUUGGGUCCUGUGGGUGUUGAAAUGUUCAUGAGACAUCAGUGAGGGGUAAAAAUGCUACAAGGCAAAUGACACAGCUGGUGGCACAAGCAUAAAGGACACAUGCUGGCUCCGUUCGCUGAUUCAUCAGUGACUCAGCAUCUGUGAGCAGGAUGCACAGUCCAGACUGUAUUUUGGAAAAGGGCAGUGAGAUAAAUUUCCAGAAAGUCUCUGUGUUCUCUUCUGCCAUCAACAACAGAAUGAACAAUCAACAGCAAUAACAAUGACACAGAGGCCAAACUUUCAUAUUAAUUAAAAGCUGUGUAAUGUAGAUCUUGGCCAAUUUUUCAAUCACCGGGAGCUAUAAUUGGCCCCAGUAAGAGACAGCUUCAAGCCAAAGACAAUGCAGGGCCUGACUUGCAGAUCAAAGUUCGCAUUCUGGUUCUGCCACGCACAACACAUGAAGUGUGGGAGGUUACAGUAUCUUUUUAAUACACCUUGAGAAAGUUAGCUCUGUAUCAAAUGUAGGAACACAUGCUAGUUAUCAUAUGACAUGCCAUAUUCAAUGUUCAACAAAGGACAAUAGCAACAGUAGCAAGAGUAACAAAAUGUACAUGCUGUAUUUCUUUCUACUAUGAUUGCUGGGAUCAAGGUGUUAGAUGUAAGCCUCCUUCCUGUUCUCUAAGUGACUAAUUCUGUGAAGAAUGCCCAGGAAAAAAGAAAAGAUUCUUCAGGGAUGUUACAACAAAUCCAUGGUAUUUUGAUGCUAACACCCUUGAGACAAUGAGAGACAAAGGCAGAACAAAUGCGUGGCCUACCAUGACCUGUUGUUCCAGCAAAGGAGAGGGAACUGUGGAGGAAGUCUGAGAGGGUUGCUGCCUGGAAGCCAGUCUUCUCCUAAUA